AGAGAAGAGCAAGGAGGAUGAAGAACAAAUUUAAUAGGUUGCAUAGAAAGCUUGAAUGGUUGUGAAAGUUGAAGGAGUUAGGGGAGGAUAUAACAGCUUUACUGGAGGAGGCAAAAAGAGAACGGGCUUUGGUUACUGAAAGAAGAGGGAAAGAAAUGAUUUUCCGGUCAAAGAUUGAGGUUCUUGAAAAGGAAGAGAAGUGCUCCAGGUUCUUUUUUAAGAAGAUAUGUAGUAAAAAGGAAGACGUACAGGAACUACUUAAUGAUAUGGUUAAUAGGAUUAUAUGCAACAAAAAAAUUCAAGAUAUGGAUCUAACGGAUGAAGAAAUUUCAAGACAAAAUUCACAAAGUACUCUGGAUUCUACCUUGGAUAUUAAUACAGAAGAAGAAAUUAUUAUCACAUUCAGCAGCGGUCAAGAUUCGGAAAUCAUUAUUUCAAGCAAUUAUGACAUUGUACAGUGUAUUGUGGAAGAUGAGGGAGAAUAUAUUUUUCCAUUUGCUGAACAAGAUUUUAGUGGUGAUCCCGAACAUACUGCUGCUGCCGAGCAAAUAUCAAAUCUGAAGGAUCGCAUCGAUAACACACGUAAUUCAGUGGAUGAGGAGUUGCAAACAUUAUUAUCAGAAAUGAAAGCAAAAUACACUGCUGAUACACAGGCGAUUGGCUGUUUUCCUGAAAAUCCAAGACGAUCUGAAAAUGAGAAUUACAUAGUUUUCAACGAAACUGAAGAUGAGAAUAGAGUUGGAAGUGUAUAUUGGUGUCAGUGUGGGAACUGCAUACCUAUGAGAACAAAUAUCGAGUCUGUAUGCUGCAAAGAAAUCACAAAUGCAGAACCAUUAAUGGAUAACCUAAAUUGCAAACCGAACAUGAAUUGUUUAAUAUUUUCUGUAACAGAGUAGAAACAGUAACUGUAAACUUAAUAUCUUUUGUUUACACAGAAAAAGAACCAUCCAGAAAGGAUAUGAACAGGUAAUAUAUUUAUUAAAUUAGAUUAAAAAAUGUAUCUACAUAUUAAUUAAUUUUGAUAUUCCAUCAACAUAGGUGUAGAAGGAAAACCGCCUACAGAUCAUUUACUGGGUGGAUACAUGGAUACCUUGGUGCUGGAAAUAGAAAACCUAUUCCUUCAUGUGCUGUCGCAAGUGUAAGAAGAUCUUUCCCAGAUCCAGAUUUACAAUACCUUGGCUUCAAACCACGAAGGGACCAUGCUGCUGAAUUUAUGGCUUUUGAAUAGCUGAAUUAAAUUUAUACCGUUUAAAAAAAGUUUUAUUUAAAUUAAGCAAUUUGAUAUUUAUUUAGUUAUGUUUGAAUUUAUAAUUGACUAUUUUAAAGUCAUAUUUAAAAAAUAUGUUAU